GAUCAGUGGAGGAGUUUCGCUGUUUUGCUACUGUAAGAAUCUUAGGGUAGUGAAUCGCUAGGAGAGAUACAGGGGAAGAACGGAGCCGAAUUUACGAGCGUUCCCCGAUAAUGCUAUUUUGAUAUGAUAGUGACUGAAUAAAGUUUUUCUACACGAGAUGAACAAUUAGUACAGACAAAAGUUUAUUUGCCUAGGCUUUGAAGAGUUUGCGAGCAGCUACCGAACUAGCUAUGCUAACGUUAGCUAGCGAGCAAGAUACAACUGUAAACAUGGUUUAAAUUGGUUGCUCACUUGACGUUAUAUUGCAGUAAUUUUAAUUGAGUAUGAAUGUGUGUCUGUCGUAGCUAAUAACGUAUUUAGGAUACAUUUAUGCUUGGAUUGAAACAGCCGCAGUGUGUACACAAAUCAAACUACUGCAGCAGAGGCAGAUGAUGGAGGAGCUGUGGAGACGUGGCAUGCCCUUGUCAGAUCGAAUGGAAAAUGACCCCCCAGCCGAUAUGGCCCCAGGGUCCACGACCACAGCGGCCCCGUCGGGCUCCAAUGCCUCCUGGGUGCCAGACACCCCCCUGGUGACCCCUGAGGAACCAUACUUCCUCAUGACCUCCACUGCCCAGACCGUGUCAGGGUUCUUUGUCUGGACAGCCCUGCUAAUAACCUGCCACCAGAUCUACAUGCACCUGCGCUACUACAGCUCUCCCAAUGAGCAGAGGCACAUAGUUCGCAUCCUCUUCAUCGUUCCCAUCUACGCCUUUGACUCGUGGCUCAGCCUCCUCUUCUUCACUAACGAAGAGUACUAUGUCUACUUUGACACGGUCCGCGACUGCUACGAAGCGUUUGUGAUCUACAACUUCCUCAGCCUGUGUUAUGAGUACCUUGGAGGGGAGAGCGCCAUCAUGGCUGAGAUCAGAGGAAAGCCCAUUGAGUCCAGCUGUGUGUACGGCACCUGCUGUCUCUGGGGAAGGACUUACUCCAUUGGAUUCCUCCGAUUCUGCAAACAGGCCACUCUACAGUUCUGUGUGGUGAAGCCUCUGAUGGCCAUGAUCACAGUCAUCCUGCAGGCCUUUGGGAAGUACAGAGAUGGAGACUUCAAUGUGGCCAGUGGGUACCUGUAUGUGACCAUCAUCUAUAACUUCUCUGUCAGCCUGUCUCUCUACGCCCUCUUCCUCUUCUACUUCGCCACCCGCAACCUGCUGGUCCCCUACAGCCCCAUGCUCAAGUUCCUCAUGGUCAAGUCUGUCAUCUUCCUCUCUUUCUGGCAGGGUAUGCUGCUGGCCAUCCUGGAGAAGUGUGGAGCCAUCCCUAAAAUCAACUCUCCCGAAGUGUCAGUUGGGGAGGGCACGGUCGCCGCCGGCUACCAGAACUUUAUCAUCUGCAUUGAGAUGUUCUUUGCCGCUGUGGCCCUGCGCCACGCCUUCACCUACAAGGUCUACAUGGACAAGAGGCUGGACUCCUACGGGUCCUUUCCUAUUUAUGGACAGUACGGUCGCUGCGCCCCAAUGAAGAGCAUCUCCAGCAGUCUGAAGGAGACCAUGAACCCCGGAGACAUGGUGCAGGACGCCAUCCACAACUUCUCCCCGGCCUACCAGCAGUACACACAGCAGUCCACCCUUGAGCAGCGCGGAGGGGCGCCAGUGUCCCGCAGCCACAGCAACCUCAGCACCCGCGACAACGAGAAGACCCUGCUGCUCAGCUCUGACGAUGAGUUCUGAGCCCCCCUACACACCGACCGGUGGUACUACUGGGAGGUGGAGACGGGAGGGGCUUUAUUGACUCUACUAUAGUGCCGUAUGAAAUCGACAGGCUUGAGUCCUUUGGCUGAUCCACUUCAUUGCGUACAUGAACAUUGUACUCAUAUUCCUCAGUCUAUAUUGACAAUACAAGCAACCUACUACAUAGGGGUCCAUUGCCACAUACCCCUGCCAAUAUGAAUCAAUACAGAUACACACACUCGUGCAUAGACCAUUCCCAGGUGUCUUCAGGCUGUGUGUUAACACUACAAAAGGCCUACCACACAGAAAAACACUCACCAACCUGCAUGCCAUUGACAUGAGUACCAUUGAAAUAUUGUCAAUUAUACAGCAUCCCCCUCACCCUCCUGCCAGCUCUGCCUCUUGCUGAAAUGUUGCCAAAUAGAGGGAGAUCCCGCUUGGUCAGCAGGACCCUCUCUAACUUAAGAUUUCAGAGUGACUUGGAUAAGACACUAAGGGAUCCCGAAAUCACUGUAUAUUUUGAUGUUUAUUGACCUUGAUGGUAUUCUUUUUUUUUUUAAUUUUACCUUUAUUUUACUAGGCAAGUCAGUUAAGAACAAAUUCUUAUUUUCAAUGACGGCCUAGGAACAGUGGGUUAACUGCCUGUUCAGGGGCAGAACGACAGAUUUGUACCUUGUCAGCUCGGGGGUUUGAACUUGCAACCUUUCGGUUACUAGUCCAACUCUCUAACCACUAGGCUACGCCCCUCCUGACGCCCCUCAUUUAAACAAAUCUAUUAUGAAGGGAGGUUAUUAUUAUAUGAUGUGUGUUAGUGUGUGUUGGCAUGAACAGGAAGGUACAGUGAGGAUAAUAUAAUUGGGGGGUUUUGGGGUCAUUUGGGGUGUCUCCCGGAAUGUUAUGGUUGUUGUUGACGACGUAUUGAGGGAACAGCUGUUGACAGAGGUUUGGUGCGGAUUUCAGAUUAAAGAGGAACGGGCUUCUUAGCAGAGCUGGACCCGGGCCGCAGCAGACAGGAUUAGAAUCCUGUAACUGCGGGCAUUAUGUGCGGCACAGAUCAGGCAUGUUUUACCAUUACGUUGGUCUAAUGGUCAUAUCGCGCCAAACUGCGCAUGUGCAGAACGUCUAAUUAAAGGAUGUCUUUUGAUAGUUUUUUGGACAAAAAUGAAAACUUGUCAGUUUGUCACUUUCACGAGGUUGGAGUAAUAACAUGUUCAACUACUUAAGACAUUGGCUCAAAUCUAGGGUUGUGUCUUUAGAUUGAGAAAAUAAACAACUAAUUUCACUGUUCUCAUCUCAAACCUCAGCCUGGUCUGUUUCGCAGGUGUUCCUGGAAGACUUCAAUGUUGCACCUCUGGAUUUAGAAACUGUGAAGUUGUCAAGGAUAUGGGGACCAUGCAAUUCUUCCUCCUGGUGGCAAGAGACAGAGAGAUUUCCAGCCCAGCCUCUGGGAGGAGCCUGUUGAGCAGAAAUAGUUUCUUUGAAUACAUAGGCAAGGCUUGGCUAUCUUCAGCAUUAAUAUACAGUGGGGCAAAAAAGUAUUUAGUCAGAAACCAAUUGUGCAAGUUCUCCCACUUAAAAAGAUAAGAGAGGCCUGUAAUUUUCAUCAUAGGUACACUUCAACUAUGACAGACAAAAUGAGGGGAAAAAAUCCAGAAAAUCACAUUGUAGGAUUUUUAUUGAAUUUAUUUGCAAAUUAUGGUGGAAAAUAAGUAUUUGGUCACCUACAAACAAGCAAGAUUUCUGGCUCUUACAGACCUGUAACUUCUUCUUUAAUAUUUGCAAAUUAUGGUGGAAAAUAAGUAUUUGGUCACCUACAAACAAGCAAGAUUUCUGGCUCUUACAGACCUGUAACUUCUUCUUUAAGAGGCUCCUCUGUCCUCCACUCGUUACCUGUAUUAAUGACACCUGUUUGAACUUGUUAUCAGUAUAAAAUACACCUGUCCAUGACCUCAAACAGUCACACUCCAAACUCCACUGUGGCCAAGACCAAAGAGCUGUCAAAGGACACCAGAAACAAAAUUGUAGACCUGCACCAGGCUGGGAAGACUGAAUCUGCAAUAGGUAAGCAGCUUGGUUUGAAGAAAUCAACUGUGGGAGCAAUUAUUAGGAAAUGGAAGACAUACAAGACCAAUGAUAAUCUCCCUCGAUCUGGGGCUCCACGCAAGAUCUCACCCCGUGGGGUCAAAAAGAUCACAAGAACGGUGAGCAAAAAUCCCAGAACCACACGGGGGGACCUAGUGAAUGACCUGCAGAGAGCUGGGACCAAAGUAACAAAGCCUACCAUCAGUAACACACUACGCCGCCAGGGACUCAAAUCCUGCAGUGCCAGACGUGUCCCCCUAAUAAAGCCAGUACAUGUCCAGGCCCGUCUGAAGUUUGCUAGAGAGCAUUUGGAUGAUCCAGAAGAAGAUUGGGAGAAUGUCAUAUGGUCAGAUGAAAUCAAAAUAUAACUUUUUGGUAAAAACUCAACUCGUCGUGUUUGGAGGACAAAGAAUGCUGAGUUGCAUCCAAAGAACACCAUACCUACUGUGAAGCAUGGGGGUGGAAACAUCAUGCUUAGGGGCUGUUUUUCUGCAAAGGGACCUGGACGACUGAUCCGUGUAAAGGAAAGAAUGAAUGGGGCCAUGUAUCGUGAGAUUUUGAGUGAAAACCUCCUUCCAUCAGCAAGGGCAUUGAAGAUAAAACGUGGCUGGGUCUUUCAGCAUGACAAUGAUCCCAAACACACCGCCCGGGCAACGAAGGAGUGGCUUCGUAAGAAGCAUUUCAAGGUCCUGGAGUGGCCUAGCCAGUCUCCAGAUCUGAACCCCAUAGAAAAUCUUUGGAGGGAGAUGAAAGUCUGUGUUGCCCAGCAACAGCACCAAAACAUCACUGCUCUAGAGGAGAUCUGCAUGGAGGAAUGGGCCAAAAUACCAGCAACAGUGUGUGAAAACCUUGUGAAGACUUACAGAAAACGUUUGACCUCUGCCAACAAAGGGUAUAUAACAAAGUAUUGAGAUAAACUUUUGUUAUUGACCAAAUACUUAUUUUCCACCAUAAUUUGCAAAUUAAUUAAUUAAAAAUCCUACAAUGUGAUUUUCUGGAGAGAAAAAAAAUCUAAUUUUGUCUGUCAUAGUUGAAGUGUACCUAAGAUGAAAAUUACAGGCCUCAUCUUUAAGUGGGAGAACUUGUGCAAUUGGUGGCUGACUAAAUACUUUUUUGCCCCACUGUACAUCAGUUAUGCCUGAAUAUACCUGCUUUCUUCAUCAUGGCUGUUCUUGUCUUGUUAGGGUUGCUAUGUUGCUGCUCAGUGUCACUAGCCUCCUCAUUGAUUUUCUUCCUUUGAGUUUUUUUUGCUGAAGACAACACACAAACAGAUAAUUUUGAAACGUUUUACUCAUAAACCCCCCCCCCCCCCCCAAAAAAAAAAUUUCUUCUUUUUUUUUUCUCCAAAACUGCAGUUUUACAAAAAAAUGUAAAUAGGAACACUACCCAUAUUUGAAUACCUGAGUGAAGUGUUUUUCUACAGCGGGGGUUCUUCAAUGUUUAUCUUGAAACCCAAAUUAGAAAUUUUACCAUCCUCCUGUGACUCAAAUCUUCCUCUAAUGACCCAAAUUAAGAAGAAAUAGUGUGUUAUUGUAGAUGUAUUCUCAUAACUCGCGCCCCACCUCUCACAUGCCCAGGGUCCACUUCGGGAUAAAAACCCUACAGGGUCCAAUAAAUACAGUACCAGUCAAAAGUUUGGACACACCUACUCAUUCCAGGGUUUGUCUUUAUUUUUUACUAUUUUCUACAUUGUAGAAUAAUAGUGAAGACAUCAAAACUAUGAAAUAACACAUAUGGAAUCAUAUAGUUACCAAAAAAAGUUAAAUAAAUCAAAAUAUAGCCACCCUUUGCCAUGACAGCUUUGCACACUUGGCAUUCUCUCAACCAGCUUCAUGAGGUAGUCACCUGGAAUGCAGUCUCACAAAUCAAAAUCAAAUUUAUUUAUAUAGCCCUUCGUACAUCAGCUGAUAUCUCAAAGUGCUGUACAGAAACCCAGCCUAAAACCCCAAACAGCAAGCAAUGCAGGUGUAGAAGCACGGUGGCUAGGAAAAACUCCCUAGAAAGGCCAAAACCUAGGAAGAAACCUAGAGAGGAACCAGGCUGUGUGGGGUGGCCAGUCCUCUUCUGGCUGUGCCGGGUGGAGAUUAUAACAGAACAUGGCCAAGAUGUUCAAAUGUUCAUAAAUGACCAGCAUGGUCCAAUAAUAAGGCAGAACAGUUGAAACUGGAGCAGCAGCACGGCCAGGUGGACUGGGGACAGCAAGGAGUCAUCAUGUCAGGUAGUCCUGAGGCAUGGUCCUAGGGCUCAGGUCCUCCGAGAGAGAGAAAGAAAAAGAGAAUUAGAGAGAGCACACUUAAAUUCACACAGGACACCGAAUAGGACAGGAGAAGUACUCCAGAUAUAACAAACUGACCCUAGCCACCCCGACACAAACUACUGCAACAUAAAUACUGGAGGCUGAGACAGGAGGGGUCAGGAGACACUGUGGUCCCAUCCGAGGACACGUCGGUUGGAACCAAAAAAUCUCCAAUUUGGAGUCAGAGCCAAAGUACAGAUUUCCACCAAUCUAAUGUCGUGUUUCUUGGCCCAAGCAAGUCUUAUUAUUUGUGUCCUUUAGUAGUGGUUUCUUUGCAGCAAAUCGACCAUGAAGGCCUAAUUCACACAGUCUCCUCUGAACAGUUGAUUUUGAUGUGUCUGUUACAUUUAUUUGGGCUGCAAUUUCUGAGGCUGGUAACUCCAAUGAACUUAUCUUCUGCAGCAGAGUUAACUCUUGGUUUUCCUUUCCUGUGGCGGUUCUCAUGAGAGGUUUUUGCAACUGCACUUGAAGAAACUUUCAAAGUUCUUGAAAUUUUCCGGAUUGACUGACCUUCAUGUCUUAAAGUAAUGAUGGACUGUCGUUUCUCUUUGCUUAUUCAAGCUGUUCUUGCCAUAAUAUGGACUUGGUCUUUUACUAAAUAUCUUCUGUAUACCACCCAUACCUUGUCACAACACAACUGAUUGGCUCAAAUGCAUUAAAGAAGGAAAUAAAAUUACACAAAUUAACAAGGCACACCUGUUAAUUGAAAUGCAUUCCAGGUGACUACCUCAUGAAGCUGGUUGAGAGAAUGCCAAGAGUGUGCAAAGCUGUCAAGGCAAAGGGUAGCUAUAUUUUGAUUUGUUUAGCAGUUUUUUGGUUACUACAUGAUUCCGUAUGUGUUAUUUCAUUAGUUUUGAUGUCUUCGCUAUUAUUACACUAAAAAAUAAUAAAAGUAAUGAUAAACCCUGGAAUGAGUAGGUGUGUUCAAACUUGUCUGGUACUGUAUAUUUCAUAGGUUUGAAUUUUAAGUAUAGGCUACAUACACUUAAGUGAUUGUUUUAAUGAUGUGCCCUAUGCUGUGUCUUUUGAUUAAAAUGAAUGUAUUAUUCCUGAACAGGAUAUUGUAUAUAAAGUUGAACUAGAUAAUGGAAUAUGUUUAUUGGUGGGUAUAAUAAUGAUAACGCACAGAAUGCUUACUUCUGUAUUGUCUUUGCUCCAUAUUCCUUAUAUUAUUUUGUUUCAUACGUUUGUGUUAAUUUGUAUAUUGGUAUUAUUCUGCUUUAAAGAUUCUGAUGCAAUGUUUUGUACUUGUGGUGUUUAAACAACUGCAGAAUAAAAAGACAGAUCAAAUUGAA